ACAGGCUGCAGGAGCAGAGACCAGCUAUAAAACAGCGUCCGUCUGUGGGGGAUCCUUUACAACCUUCAGGCCGCCAUGAAACAACCAGACGGACUCACACAUGGGGAAUAACACUCCGCAGAGGACAUCCAUGCAUUGGACUUUAUCAGAGGGAAACAGGAUUUCUGAUCAUAGAGAAAAGACAUUUUUUUCAUCAGUUUGUGGACUUUGCUGAAAUUGUUUCUCUGGAUAUCUGUUCGACAAGGAGAGCUGUCUCCUGGUUGCUCAGCUGGACUGAGAAGGAUAUCUGAACUAACCUACUGCCUCCCUUAACUAUGGAUCCCCGGACCAUCAGAGUUCAGUGAUGUUAGCUUUGAGCCACUACAACUCCUCAGCCUCCCCCCUCCUCCCUCGUUUUUCGAAUGACAGUGGAGAGAAGGUGGAGGCCAGGGUGGCUGUUGGAGGGCUGUUGCAGCAGGGAAACCUCACCCUGGUGCACCCCACCACCAGCGGCGUCGUUGGCGUCGUAUUGUGCAUGACUCUGGGCAUUGUCUCCAACAUUGUGGCGCUCUGCAUCCUUGCCAAUGCCUACUCAAUCCAGCGCCGGCGCACCAAAGCCACGUUCCUUCUGUUUGCCAGUUCACUGGUGGUCACGGACUUCAUCGGCCACGUAAUCCCUGGUGCCCUGGUCCUCCGACUUUACCUUUCCGGAGGUGUGCCCCCCGAGGACUUCUACUCCUCUGAUGGGAUGUGUCAGUUCCUGGGUGGCAGCAUGGUGUUCUUUGGCCUGUGCCCUCUCUUCAUGGGCUGCGCCAUGGCUGCAGAGCGCUGCCUGGGUGUCACUAAGCCGCUGCUGCACUCGUCCUUGGUCACCAAAACCCGCACAAAGAUAUGCCUGGCGGUCAUCUGGCUGUCAGCUCUGUUCGUGGCCAUACUGCCGUGUUUCAGGCUGGGCUCUUACGCCUACCAGGACCCAGGGACCUGGUGUUUCAUUAAAGUGCUCAAUGACACUCAGGCAGUGGAUGUGGCGUUUGUGGUGCUGUUCUCUGGACUAGGUCUGACCUCGCUGGCUGCUGCGAUGGUGUGUAACACCAUCAGUGGGGUGACGCUGGUGCUCGCUCGGCUCAGGAGGCAGCCCAGCUCCCAUCACUCAGCCAAGUCCCAUGACAUAGAGAUGGUGGUGCAGCUGGUCGGAGUCAUGGUCACCUCAUUUGUCUGCUGGAGCCCUCUACUGAUAUUUGGCCUGAUGUCGGUGAUCCACUCCUACACAGGAUCUAUUGGAGAGGACUUGUCCGGCUACAAAACCCUGAUGGUGUUGGGCGUGAGGCUGGCCACGUGGAACCAGAUUCUCGACCCCUGGGUCUACAUCCUGCUGCGCCGCACUGUUCUCCGCAAAAUCUACCUCAUCGCUAAGUGCCAGGCGAGGCUGAGGGGCAACAUGUUAGGCCGCUGGGAGCCCACCUCUUUUCCUAGCUCAGAGAAGAAUGUCAAUAAGGUCUGAGCUGAGAGAAAGACUGAUGAAGUACAUUGUGGAUGUACUUUGCCACCAGGUCAUUGAACAUACGAGGAACUCUGCGAAUAAAGACGUUUAGAAGGAGAGACCCACAUAGGAGCAUGUGGAAGGAGCUAACUUUGUGGCUGUGAUGGUGGUUAGUCAUGCAGUUUGACAUUUCUCGGCUGGUCCACUUUAGAAAUGCUUAAUGGACAAAAUAUCUCUUUCAUACUCUAUCAAAGUUCACCGGUGUGUUCAUUGUCUGACCUUACAAACAGAAGCUAGCUAAUGCUAUGAUUUUGCACAUAAACCUUGUACUGUUUACUUAUAAUAAGUGAACAUUCCUUAUUUUGUAUGCAUUUGGCAACUCAUAGUAACAAUGGGCAGAGAUGUAGGCCACAGUAUAUAAACGCAGUACUAACCACACUCUGUCCUGAGAGACUCUAAAGUUUGCAGGAGUGGUACUUAUAGAAGGACGGAGUAUUAUUUGGUUUUAUUUCUCAACUUCAUUUUUACCAUCAUUGGAAGUAAUUGCUCAGUGACUUGCUCUAACAUUAGAUACAUGUGGAAUAAUGGAGCUGUAUUGCUGUAACCACCAGAGGGAGCUCCAGAGUAAAACCAGAAGUAUUUACUUUGUAACCAUAAUGUUCAUUAUUCUGCUGAAUGUAUUUCAUGAAAGAAUGUUAAUAUUCAAAUACUGUGGAGUUUAUGUGUGUGUAAAUAUGCUUUCCGUAUGUUUAUUCAGUGCUUUAUGUGAAAUAAUGUAAGAUUUUAUAAGGUAAUACUUGAAUUGUACCCUCAAUUUACUGAGGAUGUGUAAAGAUCUUUAAAAUGAAAUAAAACAAUGCAAUGUGAACUUA